AUGAUGAGUUUAACAAUGUUGGGUUACUUGAGACCAUCAGAUGUCUGUCUGACCACCGUGGUGGCGGAGUAGAGGUCUUUUAUAACGACCGGUGAAAGGUUAACGUUAUGUGAUGUAACGUAAACUUUUACCCCGCAGCUAUAACGUUGGCUGAUGGUUAGCUGAUUGUAAAAGGGGCGCUAAGAGGUUGUGCUGUCUUCAGAUAACGUUAACUCUUGCGUGCUUUUUAGGUAGUUGUGCCAAUAUCUAAUCUAAGCUUGACCACCACCUGCCCCUGCAUGUUUAAAAGGUGCAGAAAGCAAUACUCCCUCCGCUCCGUGCCAGGGAAUCGCUCCGCUGCAUGUAUUAACGACGACUGCUGUAGAGAAAGCCGUCCUGAGCUUCCAAACCAGUAAAUUACGCAGCAGUCACGUGGCUGUGGUUAAGUGAUGUUUCUGUGGGUUUUCCUGAAGAAAAAAAAACGUGGUAUCACUCAGCGGCUUCCUUAUUCAGUUUGACCGAAUCCUGCUGUGGUCAUACCGUGGUGUUUCCAGGAUGCAUCGUACCAUGUAAUUUAGCUCCAGCACAAGCCAAUCACCAGACAGAGACGGACCUGGCCCUUCCUCCUUUAAUCAGUCUGGAGUAGGGGUUGUUGUGGUUGCAGGGGGAAAUCGAUCUGAUCGCACAUUGAGCUGAAAUUGUCAAGUUUUUUUGUUUAGAAUGUAUAGCUCUUUCUGAGCCGGGUUUAGUUUGGACAACAGGUCUGUCAGUGUGUAGCUGGUACACAAAGAGCGAGGGAUACCAUGUCUGCUGCAAGCCCUAAUUCACUCUUUGGGAUGGGAAAUCCCUUACUGGACAUCUGUGCUAUAGUGGACAAAGACUUCUUGGACAAGUACACUCUGAAACCCAAUGACCAAAUCCUGGCAGAGGACAAACACAAAACGAUAUUUGAGGAGAUAGUGAAGAAGUUCAAAGUUGAGUACCACGCUGGUGGAGCCACACAGAACGCAAUGAGGAUCGCUCAGUGGUUGAUCCAAGAACCCCGGAAAGUGGCCACUUUCUUUGGCUGCAUUGGCAAAGACAAGUUUGGAGAGAUCUUGAAGCAGAAGGCUGAGGAGGCCCACAUUGACGCCCACUACUACGAGCAAGACGAAGAGCCCACAGGGAUGUGUGCUGCUUGUGUCACUGGAGUUAACAGGUCUCUGGUAGCUAACCUAGGUGCUGCUAACUGUUAUAAAAAGGAUAAGCAUCUAGACCUGGAAGAGAACUGGAACCGGGUGGAAAAAGCUAAAGUCUGCUACAUUGCUGGUUUCUUCCUCACAGUCUCUUUGGAGUCCAUGCUGAAAGUGGCGAAACAUGCGUCAGAAAAUAACAAGCUGUUUUGUAUGAACCUCUCUGCACCUUUCAUCUGCCAGUUUUUCAAGGACAACCUCAUGCAGGUUGUGCCCUAUGUUGAUGUGCUGUUCGGAAAUGAGAUCGAGGCCGCUGCAUUUGCUGAAGAGCAAGACUUUGAUACCAAGGACAUUAAAGAAAUUGCUAAGAAGGCUCAGGCUUUACCCAAAGUCAACACAAAGAGACAGAGGGUUGUAGUGUUGACCCAGGGGAAGGAUGCAACAGUUGUGGCCAUAGGUGACAAGAUUCAGACUUUCCCUGUGGUACCGGUCGACCCCAAGGACAUUCUUGACACAAAUGGCGCAGGUGAUGCCUUUGUAGGAGGUUUCCUGUCUGAGCUGGUCCAGGAGAAACCACUGGAUCAGUGUGUGAAGGCAGCACACUACGCUGCUAGUGUCGUCAUCAGACGAACAGGUUGCACCGUCCCAGAAAAACCUGACUUCAAAUGAGGACUCCCAGUCAACUUUUUCCAAUGAGGACUCCCAGUCAACUUUUUCUUCAGCCUGAAACCACGCACACAUACGUCCACCAUGCACAACUCAUUUCAUACAAAUACUAAUACUCUUACCCUUAAUUCUUGUAGAACAGUAUUUUUCGGUAAGCCCAUAGAAUUUUUUGGCCCAUGUGCACGUUUUCUUACAGAUUGUUGGUUGGGUGCCUCCUGAUGAGUGUGCCUGUCUGUGUCUUCCACCUGGGGCCACUAGAGGGCGUGCAGCAAAGAAGCCAAUACAGCAAUUAGUUCAUUUAUGAAUGGCUGUCUGGGAAUCACAAUAACAUCUAGGGAUGUGAUCAUUUACUUUACCCAAAGGAUCUAAAUGCAAAAUUGUCCUUUCAAAGACAGUUGCUUUGGGAUUGUUUCUAAAUGUAUUUAGCCUCUGACACUACCAGUGUCUGGCUGCACUGAUUCCUAUCAGACCUUGCUGCAAGCACGGGUGUUGGCAUCUCACAAGGCUGUUUUUUUUUUCUUCCUCUUGGAGACAGGAUCAAAUCAGAAGAGGCUAAUUCCACAACGGAAGGAUACAUAAUACACAAACAAUGGACUAAAGAAUAAAAUAAUCACCUUUGAGGGUGGAUUUGGAUACUGCAUUUAAAAAUGUGCAGUAAUGAUUUAUUUUAACUUUUUUUAAAGGUUAUUCCACGUUCAUGUCAUGUUGCCAGAAUGAGGACGGGUACGGUUCCUGUAGAAAUGACUCGGGAGCGUUCACACAAUAGUCCCACAUGUCAGUUUCCACAGUGUAGUCUGCUGCGACAAAGGCUUUGCUUUGUCAGUUAAAGCUACAGUAUGUAACUUUUCUCAAAUAUUUUCAUUGUAUGAAUUGCUCCAAAACUUGUCUUAUUGUGGAGAGGAGCUGUCAGGGCCUUCAGUGACCCAGCAGUGCAGAGACAUUAGCUUCUAAGAGGUUUUGAUCAGAUCAUAGCGGAGCAGGGAGAGGGAGUGCUGGACAGAGCAGACCAAAGUGGAUUGAUUUGGAGUUUUAUGUUGGCGCUACCUUAAGUUGCAUACUGUAGCUUUAUUCAUAAUGUCAUUUUAUUUUGUGUGACGACAUGGUAUGAGUAACCUUUACUCCAACUGUCAGAUUAUCUAGGCCACAGCCUUUUACACAUGAAAUUACAUUUUUAAGUUAGGCUACUUUUGCUAUUAUGCUAAUUUGUUAUUCUACCUUUAACAUGAAUUUUUCUUUUUAUUUUGUGUGAACACAAAAUGCUAGUAGAUAACUGUGUUGCUAAAUAACUUGCAUAUUUCCUGUGUGUUUACUAAUGAAAUCAGUGUUAAUUUCUGCCAAGUGGGAGAUAAUGUAGCAGUCUGAAAUUCCAGAUUUCUCCAACUCAGUUAGAAGUUGGAGGUUGUCAUGAACAGUUUUUGCCACUCAGCUGCUUGUUAUCAGGAUUUAAAUGACAUGAAUGCAGUAUUAUUACUGAACCCAGAUGUUUUUCUUUUAAUUGUUCACAUUUUAGAUAUAUCGGUGCCUCUGCCACCUAAGUGCUGUGAUCACUGUUAAAUGUCAGCUCUUGUGUGUCAACAACAUACUAUAACAGCAUUGUGGAAGUUUGUUUCCUCACAGUGUUCUUUGUGCAGCGGCUUCUAGUGAUGUGUGCCCAUUCCCCUUUCUUUCUCUGUAAAUGUCACUAAGUUUGAAGGGAAAGGCUUGCUGGUGGUGUGUUAACCUGCAUUUGUCAGGGCAGGGGAACUUAAAAGCUUGACUAGUGGUGGAUGUUUGGUGGUUUGUGAGGGUGAAAAUGGACACAUUUGUGAAAUGCAUGUAAGGUAGCAGGUCUGGUUGGAAAGAGAUCAGUGUAUUUGAAUGUUUUCUGUUAGAGGAGUAGGCAUUAAAAAUGACCUCUCCUAAAUGUUUUAUUUUUCACCUGAAUUAGUGGCCUGUGUUGUUGACUCUUGUCAUAUCAUAAAAUAUGUAAUUUAACUUCAGUACCUCCAGCUUUGGAUAAAUAAUAUUUAAAUAUAAAUUUUCUCUCAUCAGAUUUGACAUGAGCUAAAUUCAGGCUCAAGCCAUAUUUGUGAUAUGGGCCCAGACCUUUUAAAACCAUCAGUGUUUACCUGAUUUUGUGUUAUGUUGUUAGCACAGCACCGAAUACUUGAAUAAAACUAUCCUCAAUAUAAGCAUACUCAGUGUUAAUAGAUAAUGGGCAAGGAGUACAUACAGUUUUCCUAAUAGCACAUCGGAUGAUUUCAAACUUAUCUUUUGGUACUGAAAUAAUGCAUGUUGUUCCUCUGUUAAAUGUGUGGCUUCUGUAGCUGUACGUUCAGAAACAGCAAAAAGCCUCAUGUCUUUUUCCUGGAGUCAGUAGCACUCGCAUUGCUGAUGUCUGUGUUAGACCAUGAUGCAUAAAAUUGACAAA